GACACCGCGACGACGACGCGCUGUGACUUUGAGAAAAACACGCAUUAUUUCGAUAGAUGCGACCGGCUUAUAUAAAGACAGAAUGGACCUCCCGUGCGUUUUAGUUGGCCGAAAACCCUUAUAGGUGUUCCAGCGCGACGGGAACCGGCAGGAACCUCUUUUUCCCUCUUUUUCCAUAUCUCAACGAGCCUCUUUCCACCUGCCCGAGAGAAGAAGAGACUCCCUCUUUUCUCCCCCUUCGUUAUGUGUUAAAGUCUUGCCGUCUUUCUCGUCCUUUUUUCUCUUCCCUUCUUUUCUUAUCUGUUUCACCGCGUUCUCUCGUUCUCGCAUACCCUCCGGGGGCCGUUCUCCAGGCCGCGUUCUCCAGUCUUCUACGCGUCCGGUCCCCUAUCCCUCCGGCUGUAGGUCUUGCAUACGCAUUCGCCGACGCACACGCACGUGUGCGCUUACAUACUAACUAACUAACUAUAAAUCGCGCAUCCAUCGCGCGUCUCGCUCCUCUCUCUCUCUCUCUUUCUCCCAGCUUCUUCUCUUCUUCUCGCCACCCGUGUUCUCGUCCUUGUCCUCGUACUGUCCCUUCGCGUCAGAAGUCCUCCUAGCCCUUUUUUGUAAGACCCGCUCCCGCGUCGCGUCUUCUACCUUGCCGAUAGCUUCUUCGACUCUCCUCCUUCUUUUCCCUUCUUUUUUUAACCCCCUCGUCUUCUCUCCGUUUGCCUCUCAUCGUCGUUUCUGGCCGUUUUGUUUUACACGCGCUCCCGUUUAUCUCUCUCUCGCGCGCGCGCGCGCGCGAGAAGAUUGCGCGAUUCCUGCGGUGUUCGCUACGUGCGAGGCGACGCGGAGAAUUCGCGUUUACUUCCACCUGCCUCGGGGUAAGAGUCGGGAAAGAGACACCGAGAGAGCCGGGACGCAACACCGGGAGAAGAGAAUGACGAUGUUCGGAUGGUACGUCGGAGUCGCAGCCACCCUGCUGGCCGUCCUCGUCUACCUGGCCUAUUUCUUCAAAUUCAAUUGGGUCAAGGAUCUGAGAAAGGACAGUAAGAAGCAGAAAGUCAGCGGUAUUUACAUGACGUCGAAAAAUCGAAAAAUCGGUAAAGUACCACCGGUCUAUCCGAACGGUUGGUUCGCCCUGCUUGAGAGUUCGCAGUUGAACAAGGGUGAGGUGAGGCACGUGUCCGCUCUCGGUGAAAAUUUCGCGGUGUUCAGAACCGAAAAAGGCGUUGUCAACAUUUUAGACGCGUACUGCCCCCACCUGGGUGCGAAUAUGGCUGAAGGCGGACGGGUCAAGGGAGAUUGUCUGGAAUGUCCCUUUCAUAGCUGGACUUUUCGCGGCAAGGACGGUUUCUGCGAAAACAUACCCUACGCCGAAAAGGUGCCGCACAUUGCGCGAGCGAAAGCGUGGAAGUGCUGCGAGGUGAAUCAUCUCAUCUUCGUCUGGUACCAUGCUGAAUCCGCGGAGCCCGAUUGGCAACCCCAACCGCACACGCACCUUUCCAACGGAGCAUGGCGUUUCCAAGGCCGUAAUGAGUUUCUCAUUAGCUGCCAUAUACAGGACAUUGCCGAGAACGGAGCCGAUUUCGCGCAUCUCGGCGCUGUGCAUGGUCCAACCAUCUUUCUGUCCAAUUACGUGCCGUGGCUGGCGCGACACUCGUGGACCAACGCGAUUUGGCGACCGCACUGCUCUUAUUCCAACGACUUAGACGCGGAAGCAAAAGUGGAGACAACUGCGGAAGUGUGCGUCAAAGUGAACGACAGCGCGUCGAUGCAACCGAUCGCGAACGGGAAUAAUAAUAAUAAUCAUCAUCAUCAUAAUCAUCUUUCUUCGCUCACCGCGGAGAACGACAGCAACACAAGGAAAGAGAAGCACAAAGCCGGCUUGCAGAUGCACCACAGCCUCGUCUUGCUGGAUCGCUUCACCGUGCUGGAAUUGGACGUGCGCGUCGAGCAAAUCGGUCCGGGUUACGUCGAGCUGCAGAUCUCGACGUUCUUCGGACCGAUGUACAUUUUGCAGACGGUCACACCGCUCGAGCCGCUGCUGCAGCGGGUCACCCAUUUGAUCUAUGCGCCGCCGCUGCUCGCGCCCUUCACGAACCUAGUCUUCCUGGGUGAAUGUCUGCAAUUCGAGCGCGACGUCGCGAUCUGGAACCACAAACAGUUCGAACGACAGCCCAUCCUGGUGCGCGAGGAUCGCGCCAUCCUCGCGUACCGGCGCUGGUACUCUCAGUUCUAUUCCGCUAACAGUCCAACUUAUCAAACGGCUAUGAAAACUCUACAAUGGUAGAGCGAUGCAACAAGUGGUUUUAUUUUUUUUUUAUUUUAAUCGUUUCGAGUCGCGUUUCGCAAUAUAUAUCACAUAUUGCUGAAAUUCAAAUCGAGAUGACGUCCGCAUUUCGACGAUGUGCACAUCUACACGAAAAUCACUUUUUACGAUUGCUUGUGACUGUGCAUUUCGGAGAAGAUAAUUAUCAUGAGCUCUUUUACAUGUAAUUGUCUUUAAGUAAUUGUCUUUAAGAUAGUUUACGUAUAAUGUUUAGUUUUUCUUUGAAAAUAUAUACAAUACUUUAUUUCAUGUGUGUAUGUUAAUUAGAAUUUAUACGAGUAAUAUUGAUUACAUUUUUUUUCUAUAUUUGAGAUAUAAUUUUAUUAUUUCGCUCUUUCUUUCGUUCACUUAUCUCUAAUGUACAUAUAAGUUGCAAAAAAUAGAGACGAUAACAAGAUUAGAAACGAUUAAUUUUUAAUAUUACUACACCAGAUAUCGACCCGUCAAGUUAUCUCCCAUUUCUUAUUUUCUUUCCUUUCAUUUUCUUGAUUUAAAUACAAUUAUAUUUA